CAAAUGUCUUGUUUUCUCCACAAACCAAAAUUUUUUAAUUUUGAUGAUUUCUUAAUCAAAUGCAUCAAUGAAACCAGAAAGUAUUCACAUUUAAGAACCUGAAAAAUCAGAAAGCUUGUUUUAACUAUUUAAAAAACCCUCCAAAAUGGUAUAAUUUGACCCCAUGUAUCUGAUAAAGUGCCUUCCACACCACCAAUAAGUGAGCCAUUAUUGACCCUUUACGGUUACACUUUUAUUUGCCAUGACCUAAAGCUGCAAUCCUUUAAAUCCUUUAGUUAAAAUAUGGAUUAUAUGGCUUUAUAUACUGACAGCUAUCACUGAUUUAUCUCAGGUCUGCGAUAUUCAUGACUGUUACUAUGGAGGCUGUGACGUCAUUUCUAGCUUUGUGAGUUAUGUUGUUCACAAACCUAACUCCCAAAGGCAGGCAAAUAUAUAAUAAUCCCCUUGCCGGUGGUAAAUAUAGACCCUAAAGUAAAGUGUUGAACAUGCUAUAACACAUUAAAGCUUUAUUGAACAUUUGACUUAUUCCACCAAAUUUUAAUGUCUGAACUAUUAAUUUGUAAACACGAGUAUUGUCUUGACUGUUUCUUUGUGUUCCUCAAUGUCUAGAUGUGGUUUUGAGCAGCUUUCAUUUUCUGCUAAUAAAUCCUCAUUAAAUACAAUAUCAUCUGUUUGGAUUUUGGGUGAAAUGUUGUCAGUGAUUUAUAGAAUGUAAUAAAAAUACAAAUUCUUGUUCAAACUUGCACCAAUAACUGAAUAUUCUGCACAUAUCGUGUGUACUAUAUACUACUAUAAACAAACUGUAUACUGUAUAAUGCCUACUGUAUAUUAUUAAUGGAUAGCUCUGAACACAACUGUAAAGUAUAUUUACAGUAUAAAAAAGGAACUCUUCAUUAUCAUCAUCAUCAUCAUCAUUAUUAUUAUCAUUACAGUAUAGAGUAAACCUGCAGGGAUUAACAUAGAUUAACUCCAUUAUAAUGCAUUUUUUCCACACGCUCAAUUCCUUUGGGUGAAAUUAAAGAUUACUGAAUAUUAAUGUGAACUGCCCAAGACCUUAAUCUGGUUUCUUUGUUCCAUUUUGUUUUACCUGUCCUGUGCCUUUAAGAUUAGACGUUUCAAUCUAGGCGUGUUUCCUGCUGCCAUUAACUAAACAACUGGCAUCUUGCGGAGGAAAAGCUUUUCAGCACCAGCGGCGGCAGUAGGUUUACGUUUGCGUGCACACAGGCUGUUAUUAUUAUUAUUGUUAUUAUUAGUAGUAUCAUCAUCAUUUAUUUAUAUUUUACACUGUCCACGUCCUCGGUCAUAGCCUGGUUUUUGGUGGAGAGCAGCUCGUUGAUGAUUUAUCCAGAUAUGAUAUGAAUGUCAGUCGGUCAAGGUCCACUCAGCUCCGCCGGUGCCACAGCUGGAUCCUCAGCCUCGAAGCGUUUGGAGGAUUUUUUUUGUCUUUAUUUACUCGAGUGAAGGACGACGAGGCGUCGAGAUUUGUUUGUGUGUAAGCAGCAGCAGCAGCAGCAGCGUGGGGUCGAGUCUCACCGUGGGCAUGACACGCUGCAGUAAAGACUGAGAGAGACGAACUGGGAAUGUUACCGAUCAGAAAACGCCGAUGAUGUGAUUGCGACACUUGAACGUCGGAAAAUGCUCCACAGUCAUGAUCGCCGCGCGCCGAGGAAAUCUUUAAUAUCGCUGAUAUAACACCUGACGUUUACCCAGAGAAGCACUGAUAACAGGACGCCACCAUGUCGGCGGUGAUGAUUACGCGCAAGGUGCGUAAAUGGGAGAAGCUCCCGGGCAAGAACACGUUCUGCUGCGACGGCCGGGUGAUGAUGGCCCGGCAGAAAGGAGUCUUCUACCUGACCCUCUUCCUCAUCGUGGGGACCUGCUCCCUCUUCUUUGCCUUUGAAUGUCCUUACCUGGCCGUGCAUCUGUCUCCCACCAUCCCAGUCUUCGCUGUCCUGCUCUUCCUUUUCGUCAUUGCCAUGUUGCUGAGGACGAGCUUCAGUGACCCUGGAGUGCUGCCCCGUGCGCUCCCAGAGGAGGCCUCGUUCAUCGAGAUGGAAAUCGAGGCCGCCAAUGGGAACGUCCCCGCAGGCCAGCGGCCGCCGCCGCGAAUCCGCAACGUUCAGAUCAACAACCAGAUCGUGAAGCUCAAAUACUGCUACACCUGCAAGAUCUUCAGACCGCCGCGAGCGUCUCACUGCAGCAUCUGUGACAACUGUGUCGACCGUUUUGAUCACCACUGUCCGUGGGUCGGCAACUGUGUGGGCAAGAGAAACUACCGCUACUUCUACCUGUUCACCAUGUCCCUCUCCCUGCUCACCAUUUACAUCUUCACCUUCGACAUUGUCCACGUGGUCAUGCGUUCAGUGGACAAUGGCUUCUUGAACACUUUGAAAGAAACACCUGGAAGUGUGCUGGAGGUGUUGGUGUGUUUCUUCACCCUGUGGUCAGUGGUGGGACUGACCGGCUUCCACACCUACCUGAUCUCUCUCAACCAGACCACCAAUGAGGACAUUAAAGGAUCCUGGUCUGGAAAGAACAGAGUCCAGAAUCCAUACAGCCACAAGAACAUCCUCAAAAACUGCUGCGAGGUUCUGUGUGGGCCGGCCUACCCGAGUGUGCUGGACAGAAGAGGACUGAUGCAGGAGGAUUCGUCUGCUUCUGCAACAUCUGCUGCACCGCCCGGCAGCAGCAUGAGCAGCAGCAACAGCAUGAGCAGCAGCACAGCGCCACCAACCAUGCAUGCUGUCCUCUGCCUACAGAAAACCACGGCUCCACUCAUCCCCAACGAGCACACGCCGGAAGACGUCAAGCCAAGCCUCGGCGCCUCGGAGCAGAAGAGCCCCUCCCCCAAAGAGCAGCGCCCUCCCACCCCCAAGCUCCCGCCACUGGCUUCACCGGAGACGGAUGCGGAGGCGUCCAUCACCAAGGACAAGACCCAUUAGCUGCAUGAGGGGACGGCCUUAAUCAGCCACUCCCCCUCUUUGCAGCACCUUCCCUGAUCAGGAACUGGAACAUUAAUAAUCGAUGUCUGAUGAUUACUGUGCAGGUGACCUCGCUCCUCCUCCGACCCUUGUCCCACAUUCGGAUCCGAGGAGCAGAGUUUGUGCUGCCGCAGCUCGUCCUCCUCCCUCCUUCUCCUCAGCAGGAGCUGCAGGAGUGUGUGACUGACACAAACUCCUGCUGGAAGAGGAGGAGGAGGAGGAGGAGGAACAAGAGGAGGAGGAGGAGGAGAAGUAGGAGUGAUGUAGUGGAACAUCAGCAGCUUCCUCCAACUCCUGAAUACUGCAUGGAAAAGACAGGCAGCCUGUGGGAAAACUGCAAUGUAAACAGAAAAACAACAACGACAAAACUCUUUAAUGGGUUGUUAUGAUCGUCACUACGACUUUUCCUCAUUUAAAGUUGCAUAAUGACAUUUAUUGUGAGAAGCCAGUUCAAAUAUAUUCCUUUACAAGUGUCUGGCAAAGACAGCGACAGAGUCGUACUUGUGGACUUGUGUAUAAACCUCCAAACAUACGGUCAGUUUUUGUUGUGUGCACAUUACAUACUCUACAUGCCCCUAUGCAAGCCAUGAGAAGGUGUGUGUGUGUGUGUGUGGGGACAUAUGUGAUGUCCAGGCAGGGGGAGGGAGGACAUGUAAAGUCUCCGCUGAGAAAAUCACUAACGGCUCCUUCCAGGCAAAUCAAAAAAUUUUUACUUUUUUUCUGAUUAAUGCUGCAUUCAGUACUGUUCUUACCUUUUUUCUAACACAGUUUGAUCCAGACUCAUCCUUCCAUUUUUUUUUAUAUAAGAGAGGAUGUCGCGGGACACCGUGAGACGAGGAGGUGGAGCUGGGGAGAAAGUGAGACGUGACGUCCGAUGACCCCCGAGACACUUGUAGUAACAGUGCCUUAUCGUAGGUCGUUUAACAGCGACACCGUCUACAGUGUUAAGUGAAAAAAAAAACACUCCAUUGACUUGCCCGUAGAGUAGUGAAAAAGUUAAAAAAAAUAAUGUCGCGAGAAGAUUUCUGUCGCAUGCCUGUGUCAUGAGCAUGAAGCUACGCGUUGCUUAGCGUUCAGACUUAAGACGGUGUGUGGUUUUUACAACUCCAGCUCUUUCUCUACUUCCUGUCAUUUCUACACAUCAGUAUUUACAACAAAUUUAAACAAGCAUUAAAUGAAACUGUGUCGUUCACCUAUGAAAGGAGAGUAAGGGCAUACGAUUGCACAUGUUUCAGGCGACAUCGGCAAACCUUUGUUUUCUCUUCUCUCAAAUCUUAAGUGAUUGUUAAUUAUUCUGCCUGUGAGCUAGAGCGCCUCCUCCUGCAAAUCACAUCAGAGCUGAUUCCCCCCCCGAGUCUUCUCUUUUCUCUCUCUGUCUCUCCCUGCCGUCCUCUGCCUUUUCACAUCUAACCCGUCUUCUCCUCCUCUCCCUCAUAUGUGCAGUGAGGACGUCGCACACGCCUGUGUGUCUUUAGUUUCUUUAGUUCGCAGAGGUCGCUGGAGGGGCCGUCACGGGAGAGAAAGUGAAGCAGAUUCUUAGUAUUUAGAGUUUGUCCUAGUGAUUGUGUCAUUAUGCAAGAAGAAAGAGUUAGUGUUUUGUGAAAUAUACCUGUGUAGAAAUUCUAGUGUGUCAACAGCAUCGUGUCAGAGGCUUAAAAAAUCUGCCCCCGGGACUCAGAAUUCCUCCUUAAUCCCCUUAAAGAAUUGACCUAAAGAGAAAAGAAAAUUUGCUGGGACUGUAUGAUUAUUUUUACUGGAGCAGUUUAGUGCUUGUGACUGAUUGGAGAUACUAAAUAGUAAAAUAUAAACGUGUGACAUAAUUUUAUCACUGAAAUACCUGCACUAAUUAUUUUCUUGACUCGAUUGUAUUGAAACGUUGACAUUGAGCUGAUUGAGUCAAGCCAAAACAAACCCCUAAAUAUUCUAAAGAAAAUUCACAUUUUUAAAGCUUGAAAUCAUUUGUUUUUUUCUCAAACUAAACAAAUGAAUGAUUGCUGUCAGUUUUCCUCUUUUUUCCCUCUUGUUUGAUCAGCACCUUUUUUUCCAUCGUUCACUGUUGAAGGAGGAGGAGGAUAAUGAUAAUGUUGGAAGAUGCUGUAAAGUGUGUGGCAGUAUUGUUUUCUGUGAAGUGAAGAACGUGUAUUUAACUGGAACACGGAUCGACGAUGUUCGGCUGUAACGAGAAGUACUUAACCGAGAUUAGUUUUAGUGGCGUUUUCUUUGUGGAAAGUUGUUUGAAGGCGGUUUUGCAAUGUGUCCGAUCAAGAAUGUAUGUGAUCCAUAAAUGAAGGGAAACGAUUUUUAAAGGGACAGUUGACGUGUGUGUGUGAUUCCUGUGUCGAAUGCUCUGUUCAAUCUAUUACAUUGCAUCAUGUAUACAUAUACAGUACUAUACCAUUGAUGAAGCUCUUAUUUAUGUUCACUUUUAGUAUCAACACUGUGAUUAUAUGUAUUUAAUUUGAUUUACUUCACUGCUUUUUACAUGAUCAAUGUGGCAAAUAAACACUAUUGUCUUAUUA